GACUUCUCUAUCCUCAACUCCAUCGGUAAGGGAGCAUACGGAGAAGUUUUUCGGGUGCGGAAGGUGGACAGCGGGGAAGUGUACGCGAUGAAGGUGGUGUCCAAGGAGAGCAUAGUGAACCAGAAGGAGAAGGAUGACUUCGAGAAGGAGCUGCAGAGGAGAAAGCACCUCCAAGGCAUCAUCGACGCAGAGCGGCGAGCGCUGCAAGUUGUGGAUCAUCCUUUCAUUGUGAAGCUCCACUUUGCGUUCAGAACCAUUGAUCGCUUCAUCCUGGUGAUGGACUACGUGAGAGGAGGAGACCUGCUGUCGCUCCUCGCAUCCAAGCAGCGCCUCCCUGAGCCCUGGGCUGCCUUCUACGCCGCUGAGGUGAUCCUGGCCAUCGAGUACCUGCACGAGAUGCGCAUCCUGUUCCGCGACCUCAAGCCAGAGAACGUGCUGCUCGACGAGCUGGGGCACGUCAAGCUGACAGACUUCGGGCACAGCAAGCAAGCGACCUCGCUGCAAGACCGCUCCUUCUCUCUCGUCGGCUCUCCCUUCUACAUGGCCCCGGAGAUCAUCCUGGGUGUCGGGCACGGGCAGGAGGCGGACUGGUGGUCUCUCGGCAUCCUCAUCUUCGAGAUGCUGGCGAGUUUGCACUGCCUCUCAUUGCUGCCAGUGACGCGCACGCAGGUCGGGGCUCCUCCCUUCUACGACAAGAACUCCAACUCGGCUUACAAGCGGCUGCUGACAGAGAGCAUCGAGUACCCGCACGAGGUCUCCUCCUCUGCCCGUGAGCUCCUUGCUCGCCUGCUACAGGCAGACAGUACGAGACGGUUUGGAGGAGGUGUGGUGGAGGUGCAGGCUGGGGAGUCCAAGGCGGCGGCGGUGGGGAGGAAGUGGAGCUGCGCUUGGCUCGCACAAGUCGAUUGGGUGGAGCUGCUGAAGCGCCAGGUCGACCCCCCG